UUUAUAUUUGUUGUUAUUGUUGUUGUAUUAGUAGAAGUCGUUUCAUUAUUAUUUCAAACAGAAACCAUACCAGUCAAAAGUUCGCGUUCACCGGUGUGAUCCUUAUGGGCUUCCGUCCUCGUCACGAUGACUUUACCUAUUUGACCACGUGAUUAGCAGUGUGUGUUUCUGUCUUGUGUCGAAAUGCCACAAACUGCGCUUUUAAACUGUAAACACGCGACCGGCGGCUUUAAUCCCGUGUUAUUAGAUACAUAAUCACAGGCAGGAGCUCGCGGGGGUCGGAGACAGCGGUCUGCAGUGUUCAGCAGGACUUCAGGACUUUAGGAACUGGUUCAGCGGCUACACCUGCGCUAUAGCUCCAUCUGACCGGAGAGAAGGUCCAAAUGCGGCUGAAGGACCCCUUCUCUUUAAAAACCACCGACAUGACGAAGCGGACUAACAAGCCGAAGAAACCUCGUGACGAGGAAUCCUCGGAUGAAGUUAGCGGCCUGACGUGUCAGCAUGUGAGUAAGGCUGUUGAGCUGAACUCUGUGAAGAAGGCGGUGACGGGCAGUCUGUGGUCCGUCUGUUCAGACUGUAUGAAGGAGCGGGAUGUGAUGGACAUGCAGCAGGCUGGAACUCACGACAUCCGAGUGUGCCUCAAGUGUGGCUUCCAGGGCUGCAGCCAAUCAGAGAGCCAGCACUCAGUGAAACACCAGCAGGCCCAUCACUCAGACUCUCACUGCAUCAGCAUCAGUCUCAGCACCUGGAAAGCCUGGUGUUUUGAAUGUAAUGAGGAACUCUCCACCCACUGCAAUAAAAAGGCUCUGGCUCAGACUGUAGACUUUUUACAGAAGCACUCGGCAAAGUCUGCCUCAGGAACAACAUCAAAACUCAUCAAGCUCCUAGAGGAACCGGCCGAGUACUCGGACCCCCAGAGAGGAAAGAGUCCAGCCAACAGCACCCUCAUCCCCGUCAAAGGCAUCAAUAACCUGGGGAACACCUGCUUCUUCAAUGCUGUAAUGCAGAACCUGUCACAGACGCAUAUGCUCAAUGACCUCAUUCAUGAAGUGAAGGAGAAAGGACACAAGCUGAAGAUCUCUCCCCAUCCGGACACUAACCUGGGGCCACUGACGGUUACCCUGCCUGGUCCUGAACCCCUGACCUCAGCCAUGUUGCUGUUCCUCCACAGCAUGAAGGAGCCUGGAAAAGGACCGGUUUCUCCAAAAAUCCUCUUCAGCCAGCUCUGCCAGAAGGCUCCGCGUUUUAAGGGCUACCAGCAGCAGGACAGCCAGGAGCUACUGCACUACCUGCUGGACUCGGUCAGGGUGGAGGAGAGCAAGCGAAUUAAAGCGUCCAUCCUCAAAGCCUUCAAUAAUCCCACUGAGAAGACGGCUGAUGAGGAAACCAAGCGGCAAGUGAAAGCAUACGGCAAAGAAGGAGUGAAGAUGAACUUUGUGGAUCGAAUCUUUGUUGGAGAGUUGACAAAUACCAUUAUGUGUGAAGAAUGUGAACAUAUUUCAACAGUAAAGGAGGCCUUUAUUGACAUCUCUUUACCCAUCAUCGAGGAAAGGAUAUCCAAACCUACAAACCCAGGCAGACUGGUCAAAACUGGGCGGGACCAGGAUGCUCUGGGCUGCCAUGUUGAUGAAGCGCCUCACUCUCAGGCCAAUCGAAACAGUAGAAGGCCCAGUGGACAGAAGCUGCAGGGAUACAGAUCCUCUACAUGUCGUGAUGAACGAGGAGCAGAAUCCCCUCAGAAACACGAAGAUGACACUAGUCUGACAGGACGGAGCAUAGCCAGUUUCCAGACUGACACAACAGGCAGCCAAUCAGAUGCGAGUGACAAAGAUUCUUCUCCUCAGGACAGCAGUAAUGAUGCAGACAGUGAAGCAUCCGAAUCUGAAUGGUCACCAAGAGUGUCCACUGUGCCUAUUCAGAGCAGCACAUCAAAUAAAGCUUCUCCCUCUGCAAAAACGUCUUCACGUAGCCCCAGCUCUUUCCCCACACAAAGCCCCACCCCUUCCACUACCCACAGCUCCAUCCGAAGCCAGCAGGGUGGCGCGGUUGAGCAGCUGGUCAGUGCUGUGUCCAAACUGGGGCUGGUCCACACACCCCUUGACCCACUGGCCCUCAGUCACGGGUUGGAAACAACUACUGAAAAAGAAAAGGAGCGAGCGAGCCACCAGGGGGCGUUCCAGGCUCUUUCCCACAGCUACACACCUGCGUCUAAAGAGUGCUCGGUUCAGUCCUGCCUGCACCAGUUCACCUCCGUCGAGCUGCUGAUGGGAAACAACAAACUGCUGUGCGAAAACUGCACUGAGCGCCGACACCGACAGCUCAGGAGGAGUGGAGGAGCAGAUAAGAAAUCAGAGAAGGUGUACACAAGUGCUCGAAAGCAGAUGUUGAUCUCAGUGCUGCCGCCAGUGGUCACACUGCACCUCAAACGCUUCCACCAGGCUGGGAUGAAUUUGAGGAAGGUGAAUCGACAUGUGGAUUUCCCCCUGAUCCUGGACCUGGCACCAUUCUGCUCAGCAUCUUGCAAGAGCCUGGGGUCUGGAGAGAAGGUCCUCUACAGUCUGUAUGGUAUCGUUGAGCACAGCGGCUCCAUGCGGGGUGGUCACUACACGGCCUACGUGAAGGUCCGAACACCACAGCGUAAAUCUGAACAGCGCAGGAACCAGUCAGGUUCCAGAGAGGCUGUUUCUGCCCCUCCAGGCCAGUGGGUCUAUGUGAGCGACACCAGCGUCCAAACGGUGCCGGAGUCCCGCGUCAUGAACUCUCAGGCCUACUUGCUGUUCUACGAAGAGCUCCUCUAGGGCGCGCCGUUUCGUCUGUGCUCAUCCCUUUCGGGUGAAAGCUCACCUGUGUAUUGGUAGCCUCACAGCCUCGGCCUUCUUACACCCAGACCUUCACAGCGCAGUGGACUGCAGAUGCUGCUCUGAAUAAAACAAUCUUCUGAAUCUAGAAUUAUUUAUAUUUUACAGCUUAUAUUUGAUUUUUGAUUGUGUAGAGAAUCAUGAGCUUUUGUCUGUUUAAAAGGAGAUGAUGCGUGUCGAUUUCUUUUGUUUUGGUUUGACGAAGAGAAUGCCAAAGACUUUACAGGACAAUGAAGACUGCGGAGCAUGACGUGCCAAUAGAUUCACGCUCUGGCCUUUGCUUAUACAUGAGGGAACCUCAACACAGUAUGCAGUUGUGUGCGAGUGAGUAAGUGAGUGAGUGUAUGUGUUUGGAGUGGGAGUAAGUGUGUGUUGACACUCCCACCUCCCUAGUAAGCUGAAUACUAGGCAUACAAACACACACACACACACACACACACACACACACACACGUGCUUGUCAGCAUUGUAACCAUAUUGUUCUGUGCUUAAAAAAGGGACAAUACUACACUCACAGGGUUGCCUAGCUACCAAACAAUAAAAGGUACAUUUUUCCUUUUUUUUUUUUUUUUCUUUUUAGAGUCAAUUUGUAUUGUAUUGUAUUGAAAGCACUGAACUUUGAGAAUUAGGUUCUAAAACUAUUAAUAUCCAGAAUUCUUAAUAUUAAGUUAAGUUGGUCUAGUUGGUGAUAUGAAAAUACCAUGCCAGAUAUGACAAUUUGAUAUUACAAUAUCUCUGAAUACAGGAAUACAGUACACACACACACAUAUAUAUAUAUAUAUAUAUAUAUAUAUAUAUAUAUAUAUAUAUAUAUAUAUAUAUAUAUAUAUAUAUAUAUAUAUAUAUAUAUAUAAUAUACACACGCACACACAACUGUCAGCCAUAACAUUAAAGCCACUCAUAGGUGUUGCGAACAACAUUGACCUUCUAGUGGCACCCAAAGUGUGGGGUGUGUUAGGCAACAAGUGAACAGUAUUUUCUGGAAUUUAUAAGUGAUAUAAGUGAUGUCCUGAACAGAUCCAAGCAGAUAUUAACCCAGAAGAGCCCAGAUAAAUUUCUAAAUAUUAAUGCAAAACUCAAAAUUCAUAGUUUAACAGUCUGUUUUAGCAAUCUUAUUGGAACUAUUUGUGUUACAAAACAUUUCAUUAAAGCGUAUACAUUUUUAAAAAUGUAUGU